GUAAUAAUGGAAAUCAAUUCAGAACAGAACACAUUCCAUGUCCAAAUUCCAAAUCAUGCUGCGUUCGUCAAUUUGCUAUCCUGCGCGGGUCAGCCAUCAUUUGAAGAUUUCAACCAGAAAAAACAGAUGUUAAGUUGAGCCAUUAGAGGAAGUUCUAGGGCUUUCUGGUGUGAAUCUUGGAGGAAACUGUGUAGUAGAAGAAGAAGAAGAAGGAUGAUGACAAUGGAAGGAAUGGAAAAGGGGGUUUUGGAUGACAUAAUUAGAAGGCUGUUGGAAGGUAGAGGCGGCAAACAGGUUCAGCUUUCAGAGGCUGAAAUCCGCCAUCUCUGUGUCAACGCCAGACAAAUUUUCCUCUCUCAACCAAAUCUCCUCCGCCUUAGUGCUCCUAUUCGUAUCUGUGGUGAUAUACAUGGUCAAUACAAAGAUCUUCUUAGACUAUUUGAAUAUGGUGGGUACCCUCCUUCUGCAAAUUAUCUUUUUCUUGGCGAUUAUGUCGACCGAGGCAAGCAAAGUUUGGAAACGAUAUGUUUACUUUUGGCGUAUAAAAUAAGACACCCAAAUAAAGUAUUUCUCUUGAGAGGGAACCACGAAGAUGCAAAGAUCAAUCGAGUCUAUGGUUUCUACGAUGAAUGUAAAAGGAGGUUUAACGUUCGGCUCUGGAAAAUAUUUACCGAUUGUUUCAACUGCUUGCCUGUGGCUGGACUUAUUGAUGGUAAGAUCCUCUGUAUGCAUGGAGGAUUAUCUCCAGAUUUGAAAAGUUUGGAUCAGAUUACGCAACUUCCAAGGCCUACCGAGAUCCCCGACAAUGGUCUUCUCUGUGAUCUGCUUUGGUCUGAUCCCGAUCCUAGUAUUCAGGGAUGGGCAGAUAGUGAUCGAGGCGUUUCUUGUACUUUUGGAUCAGAUCGAGUGGUUGAAUUCUUAGAUAAGAAUGACCUCGAUCUCAUUUGUCGUGGUCAUCAGGUGGUGGAGGAUGGUUAUGAAUUCUUUGCCAAAAGAAGGUUGGUGACCAUAUUUUCUGCUCCGAACUAUGGCGGAGAGUUCGACAAUGCAGGUGCUCUAUUGAGCGUUGAUGAGUCUCUAAUUUGUUCAUUUGAAAUAUUGAAACCCGAGCAAAGAGCAGAAGGAAGCAGUUCGGGAAUAAUUCUUAAGAAGCCUCCCAAAAUUGGAAGAACUUGAUUACUUGGAGGAGUUCCUUGUCAAUCCUUGGAAGAUGAAAAUCAAGCUCGAGUGGUGUUGGGGACGACGGAGUCGUUCGUGUUCUGCACUUCUUAGUUUUCAAGCUUGUAAUGACCAUGUCGGAGGUCUGUCGAUCGAAGCUGUAAACAUCGAGUAUGUCCCCGUCCCGGUAGUCGUGCAGGUGGUAGAUUUCAAUGGUCUCCAAUGGCUUCACUAAUUGGAGUGCAGAAGUUGUGUGUGUGUGUAAAGAUGAAAGCAAAUGGUUCCUCCUGAAAUGACUUAGAAAGAGAUUGCUUCUUCCAUGGUAGUGAUUGACUGAAUUUCUAAUGUUAUAAUAUCCGGUUGAAAUCU